GUUGGGCUCAGGCUGCUCACGAAGCGCCGCUUUUUGUUGCGAGAUGUGCGGGGAAGGUGUUUGUUUUCCGCGGUGCGUUGUUCUCUGUGGGAGGCCGUGGCUCCAGCUUUCCCUCGGGCAGCAGGAAAGGAGCAGCGGUGAGGGCUGCAGCCAGCACCUGCUGGACAGACAGUGCAGAGGGGUGAAGUAUUAUAGACACUUGGCACCUGAUCACUUGCUUCAGAUAUGCCAUCGACUAGGACCACUUCUAGAGCAAGAAAUUCCUCAAAGCGUCCCUGGAGUGCAAACACUGCUAGGAGCUGGAAGACAGUCUUUGCUUCGCACAAACAAAAGUUGCAAACAUGUUGUGUGGAAAGGAUCUGCUUUGGCUGCAUUACACUGUGGAAGGCCUCCUGAGUCACCAAUAAACUAUGGCAGCCCACCCAGUAUAGUGGAUACCCUCUUUUCAAGAAAACUAAAUGGAAGAUACAGACUUGAACGCCUUGUUCCAACUGCAGUGUAUCAACAUAUGAAAAUGCACAAACGCAUCUUAGGACAUUUAUCUUCCGUAUACUGUGUAACGUUUGAUCGGACUGGCAGACGGAUAUUUACCGGGUCAGAUGAUUGCCUUGUAAAAAUAUGGGCAACAGAUGAUGGAAGGUUGUUGGCUACUCUAAGAGGACAUGCAGCUGAAAUAUCUGACAUGGCUGUGAACUAUGAGAACACCAUGAUUGCUGCAGGGAGCUGUGAUAAAAUGAUCCGAGUUUGGUGUCUUCGAACAUGUGCACCCCUAGCAGUUUUGCAGGGCCACAGUGCAUCCAUAACAUCACUGCAGUUUUCUCCGUUGUGCAGUGGUUCAAAGAGGUAUCUGUCCUCAACCGGGGCAGAUGGAACAAUAUGUUUUUGGCUCUGGGAUGCUGGCACCCUUAAAAUAAAUCCAAGGCCAGCAAAGUUUACAGAACGCCCUCGGCCGGGAGUCCAGAUGAUCUGUUCUUCUUUUAGUGCUGGUGGAAUGUUUCUGGCCACUGGAAGUACAGAUCACGUCAUUAGGGUUUAUUUCUUUGGAUCAGGUCAGCCAGAGAAGAUAUCAGAGUUGGAGUUUCAUACUGAUAAAGUUGACAGCAUUCAGUUUUCUAACAGUAGUAAUAGGUUUGUAAGUGGAAGUCGUGAUGGGACAGCACGUAUCUGGCAAUUUAAGCGAAGGGAAUGGAAGAGUAUUUUGUUAGACAUGGCUACUCGUCCGGCAGGACAAAGUCUGCAAGGAGUAGAAGACAAAAUCACAAAACUGAAAGUAACAAUGGUGGCAUGGGACCGCCAUGACAACUCUGUUAUAACUGCAGUUAAUAACAUGACUCUAAAAGUUUGGAAUUCUUUCACUGGCCAACUUAUUCAUGUCCUUAUGGGACAUGAGGAUGAAGUGUUUGUUCUUGAACCUCAUCCAUUUGAUCCUAGAGUUCUCUUCUCUGCUGGCCAUGAUGGCAAUGUCAUAGUCUGGGAUCUGGCAAGAGGGGUCAAAAUUAGGUCUUACUUCAACAUGAUUGAAGGGCAAGGACAUGGUGCAGUUUUUGACUGCAAGUGCUCUCCUGAUGGUCAACAUUUUGCAUGUACAGACUCUCAUGGUCACCUUUUGAUUUUUGGCUUUGGCUCCAGUAGCAAAUAUGACAAGAUAGCAGAUCAGAUGUUCUUUCACAGUGAUUAUCGGCCUCUUAUCCGUGAUGCCAACAACUUUGUCUUAGAUGAACAGACACAACAGGCGCCACAUCUCAUGCCCCCCCCCUUUUUGGUUGAUGUUGAUGGCAACCCUCAUCCAGCAAGAUACCAGAGAUUAGUUCCAGGUCGUGAGAACUGCAGGGAAGAGCAGCUUAUUCCUCAAAUGGGUGUGACUUCCUCAGGAUUGAACCAAGUUCUCAGUCAACAAGCAAACCAGGAAGUAAGUCCUUUGGACAGCAUGAUACAGAGGCUUCAGCAAGAACAAGAUCAAAGACGUUCUGGAGAGGCAGGAACUAGCAAUAUCAGUCGGUUAAGCAGAGGCUCUGUAAGUACUACCUCAGAAGUACAUUCACCACCAAAUAUAGGUUUAAGGCGUAGUGGACAAAUUGAAGGUGUGCGACAGAUGCAUAGCAAUGCACCAAGAAGUGAAAUAGCCACUGAGCGGGACCUUGUGGCUUGGAGUCGAAGGGGUGUGGUACCUGAAUUAUCAUCAGGGGUAGCCAGUAGGCAGGAAGAAUGGAGAGCUGCAAAGGGAGAAGAAGAAGUAAAGAUACACAGAUCAGAAGAGAAAAGGAAAUAUAUUACAAGUCAUGCUCCAAGAGAGAACAAAAUACCUUCUUUUUCUAAGAACCAUUCUCAUGACCACAUACUAGACGCAGGAGACUCGAAAAAGCAACAAGCUAACCAACAUAACUACCGUACCAGAUACGCAUUAGAAGAAACUGCCAGGCCUGCUGAAGAGUUAGAAAAUGGAAACAGUUCAUCAGAUAGUAACUGUCACAUACUUCCUUAUCAGGAAGGAGAAAUAGUUGUUGCCAGUGGUGGAACAUCAGAAGAUGAUGAGAGAGCAUGGCACAGUGAUGGCAGUUCUAGUGACUACUCCAGUGAUUAUUCUGACUGGACAGCAGAUGCAGGAAUUAAUCUACAGCCACCAAAGAAAAUUCCUAAACUUAAAACCAAGAAAGCGGAAAGCAGUUCAGAGGAUGAGGAAGGAACAGAAAAACAAAAGAAGCAAAUUAAAAAAGAAAGGAAAAAAGGGAAUGAAGAUAAAGAUGGACCAACAACAUCACCAAAGAAAAGGAAACCCAAAGAAAGAAAACAAAAGAGAUUGGCGGUGGGCGUGUUGGCAGAAAAUGGCCUGACUUUGGAAGAAUGGCUGCCUUCAGCCUGGAUUACAGAUACUAUUCCUCGUCGAUGUCCAUUUGUGCCGCAAAUGGGUGAUGAGGUUUAUUAUUUCCGACAAGGUCAUGAAGCAUACGUUGUAAUGGCCAAAAAGAACAAAAUAUACAGUAUUAAUCCCAAAAAACAGCCGUGGCAUAAAAUGGAACUCCGGGAGCAAGAACUGAUGAAGAUAGUUGGAAUUAAAUAUGAAGUGGGUUUGCCUACUCUCUGCUGCCUUAAACUUGCUUUUCUUGAUCCAGAUACUGGAAAACUGACUGGAGGAUCAUUCACAAUGAAGUAUCAUGAUAUGCCAGAUGUUAUAGAUUUCCUUGUCUUACGGCAACAGUUUGAUGAUGCAAAACAUAGACGAUGGAAUAUAGGUGAUCGCUUCAGAUCCAUAAUUGAUGAUGCUUGGUGGUUUGGAACAAUUGAAAGCCAGGAACCUCUUCAGCCCGAUUACCCCGAUAGUUUGUUUCAGUGUUAUAACGUCUGCUGGGACAAUGGUGACACUGAGAAGAUGAGUCCUUGGGAUAUGGAGCUUAUACCGAAUAAUGCUGUGUUUCCUGAAGAACUGGGUACUAGUGUUCCUUUAACUGAAGGUGAACGCAGAGCAUUAAUCUACAAACCUCUGGAUGGAGAAUGGGGUUCCAGGACCAGAGAUGAAGAAUGUGAGAGAAUUAUUUCGGGGAUAAACCAGCUCAUGACUCUAGAUAUUGCUUCUCCAUUUGUGGCACCUGUGGACCUCCAAGCUUACCCUAUGUAUUGCACUGUUGUGGCAUAUCCCACAGAUCUCAGUACAAUUAAACAAAGACUGGAAAGCAGAUUUUACAGGCGGGUUUCUUCACUUAUGUGGGAAGUCCGGUACAUAGAGCAUAAUACACGAACAUUCAAUGAACCUGGAAGUCCUAUUGUUAAAUCUGCCAAAUUCAUCACAGAUCUUCUGCUACACUUCAUAAAAGACCAGACUUGUUAUGCUAUAAUUCCUUUAUAUAAUACAAUGAAGAAGAAAGUAUUGUCUGACUCUGAUGAGGAAGAAGAGAAAGAUACAAAUGUUCCAGGAACUUCCACUAGGAAAAGAAAGGAUCAUCAGCCCAAACGGAGGCUGCGCAAUAGAGCUCAGUCUUAUGACAUUCAGGCAUGGAAGAGACAAUGCCAGGAGUUGCUGAAUCUCAUUUUUCAGUGCGAGGACUCUGAACCUUUUCGCCAACCAGUGGAUCUCCUCGAAUAUCCAGAUUAUAGAGACAUUAUUGACACACCAAUGGAUUUUGCUACAGUUAGAGAAACUCUGGAGGCUGGCAAUUAUGAGUCACCAAUGGAAUUAUGUAAAGAUGUGAGACUUAUUUUCAGCAACUCCAAAGCUUACACGCCAAGCAAAAGAUCAAGGAUUUACAGCAUGAGUUUGCGCCUUUCUGCUUUCUUUGAGGAACAUAUAAGUUCUAUUUUAUCAGAUUAUAAAUCUGCUGUGCGUUUUCAUAAAAGAAGUUCAUUAAAGAAACGGAGGAAAAAAAGAAGCAGAAGCAGCUCGGUGUCCAGUAGCGUUGCAUCAAGCCCUGAAAGGAAGAGAAGGUUUAUAAAACCUCAGUUGAAGACAGAGGCCUUGACUGCUCCUUCAUCUUUGGUACCUGCACGUUCAACAACACUGAGACACAUUGCUGCUCAGAUGAAUGGAAAAGCAGCUGAAACGUCUUCUCUAGUGCGGACUAGAAGCAAUAGGGGGGUGCUAGAUACUCCUGUUACAGAACAACCAUCCACUUCUUCAGGAGGAAAGCCUUUAACUACAAAGCCUUUAAUUACAAAACCCAAUUCUGCGGUGUCAGGGAAAUCAGUACUGGAAAAUUCUGCCAAACAUUCCAGGAGUCAAAAUGUUCUGUCAAACGCUAGCCAAUCUGGUUACAGUCACAACACUAGAAAUAACUCCUCAAGAGAAAAUCUGGAGAAAGAUAAACAAGUCAAGCGAAAAGUGAAAUCAUCCACUGUUAAUCAGGAAGCAAACUGCAAAAAUAAUGCUUUGACAUCAGGAAGCAUUCAGGUAAAUGGACAUGGAGGUCAGCCUUCAAAACCUCCAGUUAAGAGAGGUCCUGGACGGAAACCGAAAGCAGAGACUAAUACCAGUAGCUGUGAAGUGGUGCACAAGAAAAGAGGCAGGAAACCAAAAAAGCUACAAAUUGUCGACCAGAAGAAUGCAGAGCAGAAUACAAUCCAGACCACAAGAGACGCAACAGAAGAAGCAUCAGCUUCUAAUGCAUGCAAUUCUCUUUCGGAAAAUAAUGUGAAGGAAGACUUGUUACAAAAAAAAGGCCGUGGGGGUAGAAAGCCAAAAAGAAAGAUGAAGUUGCAUCAACCAGACUCAGAUCUUUUAGUUCCUGUAAACGUUAAGAUGCAGACAAGAAGCAGGAGGAAAAAGACAGAUGAGCCUGUAGAGGAAGAACGGUCUGAGGAACUUAAAGAUUCUGAACCCCACAUGAGAACUAGAAACCAGGGUAGGAGGACAGCCUUUUAUAAUGAAGAUGACUCUGAGGAAGAGCAACGGCAGCUAUUGUUUGAAGACACCUCUUUAACUUUUGGAACAUCUAGCAGAGGCAGAGUCCGAAAGUUGACUGAAAAAGCAAAGGCCAACUUGAUUGGUUGGUAAUUUUUACCAGACCCUUUACUUUAGAGUGCUGUAAAGCAGGUACAGUUAAGGAACGAGCAGAACAAAGACUUCUGCUUCCCUGCUGCUAUUAUGGAAUAGAAGAAUAUGUUCUGAUUUGAAAAAAUUAGCAAAAAAAUAAACUGAAAGAACACUUCUUUGAAAGAAAUAUAUAUUUUAAACUUUUGCUAUUUAUUGCCCUCCAAAUAAUAGGUUAUGCAUUUCAACAGUCAUUUUGUUCAUAGCUAAGAAUAAUUGAAGAUCUAUAAAUAAGCAAUUUCUGACUGACUUACAGAAAUGAGUUGCUGUAAUCUUGAGCACUGCAUAAUAUCUCUGUGUAAUUUAAAAAAGUGAUAAAACUUUUAAUGCCACAAACUGAUAACAGAAUUCUAUUUUUGACCAAGCAAGGUACAUUUUUAUUGAUUGUAGAAGUCAUGUCUCCCAGGAAGGCAGAUGUUGAUAAAGAGUGGCAGUAAAUUAAGAUUUAUAUUUCAAUUAAAGACAACUGCAAAAAUACCAAACUUUGCUAAUCUGAAAAUGCUUAAUUUCAGUAGUGAUGGAACAUUCAGCUGCAAAAGAAGCAUAGCGUGGGCUGUUGUUUAUCCAAGUUCUGCCAAACAGAGAGAAAAUGUAUCACAAUAUAUAUAUAUAUAUCCACAUUGGAAAAAGUUUGACUAAUAUGUCUAAUUUUUCAGACCUUGAUUCUUGUAUCAAUCACUAAAUCUCUGUUUAUUGUGCCAAAGACUGAAAAUCAGUGCAGUGGGAAGCCUUUUCUCUCUUUCUUUCUUUCUCUCUCUCUCUCUCUCUCUCUCUCUCUCUCUCUCUCUCUCUCUCUCUCUCUUCCCCCGCCCCCCUUCUUUCUUUUUUUGUGUCAGUACCGCAUACAAUUUUCAGUUAUAAGGACUGUGUAUUGUUCUAAAUAGCAAGUUGUUCUAAAUUGUUCUGAGAUGUAUCCUUUUUUGGUACUUAUACUAGAAAACAAUAAUGCACUGGUAGGGUUCUUUGACAGAGAUGUUUUAGACAAAAUUUAUAAUUGGUUAAAGGAUUCCAAGAAAUUACAGGAAAACUAUGGGAUUAUGAUGCUUACUUUCUGAUCCAGAUUGUUAUUUCUACAACUUUAGACAUGUUUAAUAGGCUAAAAAUGACUUGCAAAGAAGUGUGUGCAUGUGUUUGUGUAUGGAUAUAUACACAAACACAUGCAUAGACAAUAUUACCCAGGUAUAAAUUCUUUUUUUCAGGAUUUUUUAGAUAGCACGAGAAUUAAAAAAAAAUUUUAAACUCAUACUUUAUAGUUUAAUUUUAAGGAAAAAGAUUGGUUAUUUUCAAUUAUUAAAGGUUAAAAAGGCCAAAUCACUUUUUAUGCAAUCAUGUUUUAUACAGUGGUCUCAUUGCACAUUGUGUUUUUUCUGCACUUUUUACGGUAUACUUAUCACGCUGACAUAAGUCAAUAUACACCCUAAAGAAAAAUUCCAUUUAAUGAUUGUGCCUUGUAUUCUAUUAUUUCUUGCAUCCUUAGUAAAAUUAAGUUGUCUAUUGUAAAUGAUAACUAUAUGACUUAGGGGAAUGUAUUACUAUAUGUACUGCUAUGGAAAAGAAAGGCAGUUAUUUAUUUGUUUAUGGUACAUUUAGUUAUUUUAUACCUUAUAAACAAACUUUAAUACCAUUUUCUAUUGCUUAAAAAGUAUUGUCCAGUUUUAAAAGAAGUAUAAAGUUAGUAAUAUUUUCUGAGAUCUGGUAUGGUACAAAAAUGCAACCAAAAUUUUCAGAUGACACAUUAUUUUGGAAUUUUGGGGUAGUGUGAAAGAAUUAUGUUGUCUGGAUUUGGAGAAGAAUAAAAAUUUUUUUUUAAAAAAGCAUAAAAUUAAAACCCAAUCCUGAAAAAUCUUACUUCUACAAGAAUUCUUCAUUUUUAAGCCAAGUCUAAUGAUUUUUAAUGCAACUGCCGAAGGAAGGGUUUGCAGAAUUAGGACCUUUUGUUUGCACAGAUUACCUUUACUUAUUCUGGGCCAAAUUCUGUGCUCUUUAUUUUGUGUUACAAAAAGUCAUCUUAAGAAAUGUCUAAGCAAGCAGAUUUAUAUUUGGCACCAAGAAGAGAACGUACUUAUCAUCUAUUUACCUGUAAUGAAUAAAAAAUUGGUAACCUAUAUAUUUGGCAUUCUUAGAAUAGGUUUAUAUAAUUAUCUGCAUUACACAUCUUUAUAUGAAAUUAAGCAAACUAUUUUCCAGAUUCUGACAGUUUGACUUUGAUUCUGAAGUUAGGGAACAGGGUUUUAGUUUGAUAUUCAUUCAUAUGUAUAUUUAUUUUUUCUAACAGAUUUUUUUUCUUUUCAGUUAAAAUGCAGUAGUUAAAUAUAUGAUAUGGUGGAAAAACUAUGGUUGUAUAGUUAAAAAAGGCAGUUUUUACAGUUUGUAACAUUCUUUUUAGUUUUUUGAAAUGUAACAGUUAAUGUUAAGCAGCUCACUGCUGAUCAAGGCAAUCAGUUUCAACUGUGUAAUUUCCUGAUGUUAUCUGCAUUGUAAUAUAAAAAUUAGAGUAUAUCUAAAAUUCAGCUUCUGUAUUUACUCCAUUUGUAAUAAUAAUCUAAGGGGCAUGUUUAUGUAGAUAUUUAUACACAGAAAAUACCUGUAUGUAAAUUUUGGAGAAUGGAAUAACAAGCAUUCCUAUGAUGUUGUGGGGAAACUAUACAUCUUAAAAAGGGUAAGAAUAGAAGGCCUUAUCUGCAGAACAUAGAUAUUGUUCCCCUUCCACAAAUACUUGUGACCUUAGCCUAUAUUUUUUUUAAAAGUUCGCAUCUAGAAACAUUGACUUUCUUCUUUUAAAAUAAAAUUAGUGCUUUGGAUCGUUUUUUUAUAAGAGCAACACUAAAAUGUAUUAGAAGUAAUAACAGAUUUAUUUAAAAAUAUAUUUUUAUAAUUUAGUUUCUCUAGGUUGCAAAAGUUUUAUUUAUGGAACAUCAGCAUCUUACUGUUUGUCCUUUUAGUUUGGAAGAAUGUAUUAUUUGAAAUAUUUGCAUAAUACUGUAUCAACACAGAAAAAGAGCUUUUGAUAACUAAGUCUUAAGAUUUUAAAUUUGAGCAAUAAAUUGUAGUUCAGCCUUUUGAAAGAAUUAAAAAUAUGUAGUUACAUGCAUGUUCUGAAUAAUGCCAUCUCAAGUACAUAACAUAAUCCAAAACUGGGAUAUUGAAAUUACAGCUGGUGUUUGUUUCACAUGCAUUGUAAAUAUUAUUACAUAGAUGUUUUAUUCAUAUACAAUCAAACUAUAAGCUUACAAACCUGCCAGCAAUGAACAUCGCUUCAUCCAUUCAUUCAAAUACAUUGAUAUUUGACUUUUGAUAUGGGAAUAUUCAAUUGUUUUCUCUGCUGGUGGCCAUUAAAGUCAAUAUUUACUCCACUGUGGGUAGGUAUCUAAUAUUAGUGCAUCCUCUACAGAGGAGAAAACUGCUGUUUCCCAGAUAACAUUAUAUUCUAAAUGUUUACUUUAAUGGCAAUCAUUGUACCUAUACCAACAUACUGAGCAAAUGUGUACCCAGUCUCUUUUCCAUUACUACUGUGUUAUCCAGGAAUUGAACUUAAGGAACUUCACCACAAUAUUGUUCAGCAUUGUGUCAAUAUUGACCUAAGGUUCUUUGUGCUUUAACCAGUGACCAUAACUUGACAGAAAAUGUCUUCCUCUUGUGAUUAGACUGCUUUGAUAUAUAUUUGCAUACAUAUAUUUGUACAGAUCGUUUGGUUUGUACAUGUGUGAUCAGUUUGUUGUUAGAGUUGUAAGAUUGAGUUGGUUGAAUUUAGUAUUACAAUGAAUUAAUAUAAGUGAAAACAUUCAUUUGGUAAAGAACCCUCAUGCAGCAUGCAGGAUGUAUUAGAGCUAUACAAAUAAAAAAAAAUAGUGUAGCAGACAGCUUAUGCACUGUAUUGCUGUACAUGUAUGUUUCUAAUACCAACUCUCGCUUCCUGUUUCUGAGGCUUUUGCCAUUUACAAAACUAUUACGUAAGCUAAAACAGUACAUUCAUUUAGUAGGCUUGCUGCAGUUGUAUUUAAAUCUCUUGCUCACAUUUACUUUAAGCAUUGAUACAGUAAACACUUUGGUACUUGGUUAAAGCUAAGCACGUGUUAAACUGUUUACUGAAUCGCACUUAAUGGAAUAGAAUCCUUAGGAUUUGGAUAUGGUAGAUAGUCUUAGCCCAUCCUUAUUAAAUGUGUGAGCUCAUUUUAAGCAUGAAUCUAGCUAAUAUAGUUCAACAUAUUACUGUUCAAACAAUAUAGGACUAUCCUAGUCAGACCAUGUUUAAAACUGUUUUAGCUGAGUGUUCAAAAGAGGUUUGAGUACAGAACUCUAACACUGGUGAAAGCCCAGAAAGGGGCCGUCCAACCUCAUCUGGAAACAACAAAAGCUCAUUUUCUCUGUUACUUUUUACUACCUAAUGAGGCAAAAACAAUGUGUAAAAUUAUUUUAUAAAAUAUUUUUGUCUACUUUCCCUAAAGUUCUUCUAAAUAAACAGUUUCCAAGGGGACCUAAAUAUCAACAGAUAAAAGGGCUGUUAGUUUUCUGCUGUAAAUUAUUGUAUAUAAAUGUGUUUUGUUUCUAUGCAGAAGAAAUAGCAUGUUAAAUUUCAUAUACUUUGGCCAAGUCUGAAAUUAUUUCUAACAUGACAAGCCUGGUAUUGACACUUUAUAUAAUUUCAGAUCUUUUAAAAUAAGGAACACAGAUCUGGUGACACUUUCUGUGUUUGGGGAGGAAAAUCAGGUAGCUCUUAAACUGAAGUUAACCUCUAGGUUCUUGUGUUUAUGCUAAUUUUAGUAUAGGGGCCAUUUUUGCUGUUUAAUCUUGCACUGUAUUUAAGGGGAAAACACUCCAGUUCAGGAAGGUUAGAUUUUCUUAAAAAGGGUACCAGACGAGAAGGAUAAGCUUUUGUUUUGAAGGCUACGCAGCAUCAAGGCACCCCAGAGAGAAUGUAUCUUGCAAUGAAAUCAAGGUAAAUAAACACAACUUCCAGGAGCUAGCUUUGAUUGAUUGUUUGGAAGAAAUUAUCCUCUGUGGGUCUUGAGGGUAGUAAUGGCAAGAGUAGAUCUUUGGAACUCCUUUUAAUGCAGAUAAAUACAUCAGGAAAUUCACUUAAUAUGGUGUAAACAGUACAGUGUAGGGUAGUAUUAUACUAUGAAUUUCUGUCCUUAAGGCAAAGAAUUAGCUCAUACAAAUUGGGAGUAGAAAAGAAUGUUAAAUUUCAGCACCUACUUUGUACACGUGCAUAUAAGGCAUACACACAUAAUUUUGAACUUACAAUUGUGCAUGUUAAUUUACAGAAAUAAUGAUGAGACAGAUUGCAAAGUUACAUUUUUGGACCAUAUUAGAACUGCAAAACAAUGACAGGCAACUUGUUAAAGAUCUUGAGUGAAUUAUUUAAAUCCUGUCAUGUAAUGUUUAGACAUGUAGAAAGUAGCUGAACUUUAAGGAAGUGAUCUAGAACGGUUAAUUUUUGAAACUGACACAUUUUCAGAUUAAAAUAAUGCUUAUUUUGUACAGAAUGAUGUAAAACACAAAAAUCUGUUGUAUGUAAUGAGAAACAAACCAUUUGAAAACUAUAAUUCUUUAGCUUUAUCAAGGCUUUUUUUUCUUCCAGAAAUCUGGAUUAUCAUGUUAUAACCUGCGGUAUCUCACCAGGAUAACAGUGCCCUUUCUUUUUGUACAUAUUGAUUGGGAAUUUCUUUACUGUUACGUGGACACUUUCUAUGUUAGUUUUGAUGCAUAAUACUUUGAAUCCUUUUAUACAAACUAGAAUGUAUGUGUAAGAAUUACUGUCACUGCAAUGUAGUAACUACAAACUUAUUUUUAAAUAAAUAGAAAACAUGUUUUUCUAA